AUGAAUUAUGUCUGCCAAUUUCAUGGCGGCCGCGAGUGGGACUACGUGUUCGAUGUGGAUGUGGCUGAGGGCAUGGCCCCCCUCAAGUUGGCUCUGAACCGCGGAGACAACCCGUACCUGGUGGCGCAGCGCUUCAUUGGGGAACACGACCUGCCGCCGUACUUCACGGAACAGAUUGUGCAGUUCAUCCUCCAAAACACGGGUGAGGCCCCCAAAGGGGGGCCGGGGGGCCCACCGGCGGGAGCACAGCCCAUGGAUAUCACGGGCGGCUUCUGCGACCCCUUCACGGGGGGGUCAACAGCGGCAGCGGGGGGCCCCACGGCGCUGCCCUCGCGGUCCACUACCGCCGCCGCGGCAGCAACAGCAGCAGCAGCAGCAGCGGCCGCGCCUUCGUCGUCAUCGUUGCCAAUCACGGGCGGGAGUGUGGAUCCGUUUACCGGCAGUGGGGGCGGCAUCAGCAACAAAGGCGCCGGCCUCCCAGCGCACGCCCCCACGCACAUCCCCUGCCACACCGUACUCACCUUUGACAAUGUGCCCUCCUUGGAGGCUCUGGGCCGCAAGAUUCGGGAGUUCAAUGCAGCGUUGUCCUCCUCCUCCUCCUCCUCCUCACUGCAACAAGAACAACGGCUCUCCGAAGCUGAAUUGGCAGCCGGAGCCAAAUACGGCUUCCCCAUCUCUUAUUGCCCCCCGUCGAUCCCGUAUCCCCGCAUUACUGUUACCCCUCCCUUCUACCUCCUCCUUCCCUCCGUCUAUGCAUUUUCUUCUCGUCAAUUGCCGUUGCUGACGUGGCCGCCUGACAAGUUGUUUCCGGCGUUGGAUGUCGCCCGGCUGGUGGCUCUGGACGGGGCGCCCGGCGGCGGGGGGGAGCUGCUGGCGGCGCCGGAGACGGCGGGCGACCUCGCGAUGGCGGAGCCGCCAGCAGGCACCCUGGCAGGGGCCCUUGCCGCCGCAGCCACGUCCUCCCUGGCGGCUAACCACCAGCUCGCCCUCCGUCUCGCCGCCAACGCCGCCGCCUCUCGCGCCGCGUCGCUACGGCAGUGGCUGCUGGGGGCGGCGUCACCCCUCCUGGACCGCUUGGCGCCGCUGCUGACGGCGUCUGCCGCCUCCGCCACCAAGGCUGUACGGCUUAGUGGGGCGGUGUUGUUGGCCAACCUGGCGGCGGCGGUGGGGUCUAAGCAGCUGCCGGCUAGUUCGGCGCAAUCCGGAGACGUACCGCUACAGGUGUUGUCAUGUGGCUUGGAGCUGUUGGCCGCCAGUCCUUCACCACUGGAGGAGUCCGAAGGAGUGUACCGCUGCCUGGUGGCGCUGGGGACAUUGCUCAUGGCGGGUGGGGGGGAGCUUUGCCAGAUUGCCAAGGAUUUGGACAUCAACGACCGCAUCCAUGCAGUCAUGACUGGUGCUCGAGGUGGAGGUGCAACGGAACAGAAGCUGCUACAACUGGCUGUGCGGAGAACGCCUGUGCUUGGCGAGGGAGCAUGGCGCACUGAAGGUGUGACCUGGUUCUCUGGAGAGCGCAUUGGGGAUUUGGGUUUUUGCUAG